ACCACGAGUCUAACCAGUGGUGCUACGACAACUUUGUCAACUACCGAUCCCUGAUGUCGGCUGACAACGUGCGCCAGCAGCUGUCCAGGAUCAUGGACCGCUUCAGCUUGCCUCGGCGCAGCACAGAGUUCACCAGCAGAGAUUACUACAUCAACAUCCGACGAGCGCUCUGCACCGGCUUCUUCAUGCAGGUUGCUCAUUUGGAGCGCACAGGCCAUUACCUCACCGUCAAAGACAACCAAGUGGUCCAGCUGCACCCGUCUACAGUCCUGGACCACAAGCCUGAGUGGGUGCUCUACAAUGAGUUUGUCCUCACCACCAAGAACUACAUCCGCACAUGCACAGACAUCAAGCCCGAGUGGCUGGUGAAGAUCGCUCCGCAGUACUACGACUUGAGCAACUUUCCACAAUGUGAAGCUAAACGGCAGCUGGAGCGAAUCGUUGCCAAGCUGGAGAGCAAAGAGUAUUCUCAGUACUGAUGAUGGACGAGAAGAGUCGGGGAAAACAGACGCAGAUUCUAGUUUUAGAUCUGUCCGUGUCUCUGUGUGUUAAUGGUAAACAGUUGGCGUUUUGAUUUUUACAGCUCGUUUGUUUUGUUGCUUUUCCAUCCGUGUCAUUUCUGUAAGUAGGUGUUAAAAUGUCGAUGAAAUCUCAGCAGCAGUUAUGAUUUUCAAAGAAAAUGAUCAGCAACCGGUCGUUCAGACGGGUUUCCAUCAAAGUUUGGAGCCAUAACAAAAUCUGUGCUUGCUUUGUUUCUGUAAUAAAAGAAGCUUUGACUUUACUUUGCUUUUGAAAUGAAUUAGUGAGGCCUGCCUUUACAAAAAUGAAACAUUA